AAUAUGAAAAGCAUGUGAAAUACUGGUGUUGGGGGAAAAAUUGGAGUACAUGUUCUUUUGUAGUGCGCACUGACUCUCCAAAAGUUGAAGGUGAAACGUCAAUCACUGAUGACCCCGACAAUCAUGUGUUCACUGUUACCAUGGCGAAGCUGAAGACAGAGGACUCUGGAUACUACUGGUGUGCUGUAGAGAUCGGGGAUCAUUUGACUGUAGAUGAAAGAAAAUAUCUGUACUUGUCUGUCACUGCAGGCACUCCUGGACUCUGGGUUGACCAGCAGGAGGUGACCGGCGUGGAAGGGGGCCAUGUCAGUGUGCAGUUUCACUAUGAUGAACCGAGCAGCAUGAAGAAGUGGUGCAGGGCUGAGGGCUCCUGUGUGGAAGUGAAUUCUGGAAGAUUAGAUAUCAAAGACAACCGCUCUAAAAAGGUCUUCAUUGUGACGAUGAGGGAGCUGAACAGGGAGGACGCUGGCUGGUAUUGGUGUGCUGCUGGAGAACUACAGAUCCCUGUUCACAUCACGGUCACUAGGAAAACUACAACGACCACAGUCACCACAGCACUGUGCACAUCUCUUCCGGUUGGCUCAGCAGUCACACCAGCAACACCCACCGAGCCCUCAUCUCAUAAGCGGACCGCAGCCACAGGGUCUCUCUCAUCUUUACCACCAACGGCCGCCAACGAGAACAGUCUUUCAGACCUCACAUUCGUCCUGAUGACAUCUGGGGUACUGUUGCUGGCGGCGGCUGUUGCCAUAGUAACCUGGAAGCUGUGGACGAAACACAAGAGCGUCAAGGCGAACGCGAGAGCAAGAGAGGACAGGAGAAACGAGGUGACAACUGAAGUGACCUACAGCACAGUGUUCACCAAGACACGGUCAUCAUCACACAGAAUGAGUCCACCUCAGUCACAGUCAUCUGAGCGCUCUGCAGAUGAGGUCAUGUACAGGUCGGUCAACCUGCAACAUCCACAGGCCACACACUUCCCUAACCAGUCUCCAGCAGGAACAGCCGAUGAUGUGAUUUACAGCUUAUUGGGCCAGCAUACAAAAUAGGGGGCGACAAUGUAAUUAAAGAUGACGGUCCCAACGGGAAUUCUAUCUGCGUGCACGAGGGAGGUGGCCGUGAGUAACUGGAGGAUUCCCGUCAAACUCAGUCAUUCACCCCAUUUCAAAUGUUGGACUCUGCUGCCCUCUGCUGGACAAAAAAAGACACCAUCAGUUUUCUUACUUGGUGAUGGAUUGAUGCCCGCUGCUGGACCGAUUGGACAUGCUCAACUUUCUGCUUGGAGAUUGAAAAAAUAAAUGAAUAAAUAAAUAAAAACAUGGUAUAGGUCAGUGAAUCGCAAACCACAAUUGCAAUCUCUGAAUUUUAACGAGUUGUUAUUUUUUCUUAAUUAGGUGUUUGUAGUUAUAUGUAAAUAAAGGAAUAAGGAGAUUACCUUUAUUUUCUUUGCUUUUGGGAGAGUAGCGCAUGCCUCCGUUAGACUGUUCAGGUAUUAAAAGGAUAACUGCGA